AGGACGAAAUAUAAUUAUUACAAAGCUCAAGUAUGAUACUUAACCAACAUUUCCUGAUAGAGUUAGCAUAACAAUGUUCGACCCACUCCAUAAAACCCCCAUUGUCUCUGCCCUAUCUUUCAAAAAUCACCCAUAGAGACGACAUUUAUGGCGCGCAGCUUUUUUAUUUGACAUUUUAUACAAGUUUAUUCAAACAUAAUGAUAGCAUCACAGACGUUAUCUUUCUAUGCAGCGUUACCGCGAGCUCGGGCCUGAUAGCAUCUGGGGCCAGCCAAUGCUAGUUAAACCAACCUGAUAAGGAAUCGGGCGCGCUAGUGUGGGUCGCCGUGCACACACGCCCGUGCUGCGCUGUGUGCGUGGAGGGGAGUCCGCGCGGCAGCCAGUCACUCAGUUUACGCGGGAAAAGCAUGACGGUGCGAACGAAUAUUCGGUCUGUUGGGAGACAAUUUUAGUGUUUAAAAGUGUUUCUGUAGCUUCUGUGAUGUUAUUGUGGCUGAGGUACCUCAAACAGCUGGAGCUGGCGUGCGCCGGUGCCCCGCCAGGCGGCGCUGUCGACGUCAAAACAAUGUGUGAGGACGAGGAAUGGGGAAACGAGAGCGAAGCGAUGCCAGGAGAACCUCGCACGCCGAGCUCGGGGGGAGAGCGGGCUGCAUCGAGCGGCGGCGCGUCGCCUGCGUCGGCGUCGGCAGGCUCCCCGGCCGUCUCGCCGCCGCGCCUGCGCCUCAACACGAGCCUCGCCACUGAUCCCGCGCUGGCGCCCUCUGCCGCACCGGUCAAGCGCGAGCUCCCUUCGCCCUCUCCCCCGCCGCAGCCUGCGACGACGCAAGCGCAAGCCAGGGACUACCUCGCUCUAACAGCGGCGGCGUUCCCUGCGCUCUUCCCGGUCGCUCCGACCGGCUACAUGUGCCAGCCAUGCGGCAUCCGCUAUUCUUCUCUAAGCACGCUGCAAGCGCACCAGGAGCACUACUGCACGAACAGGCGGCCGAAGCCUUCGGAAUCUGUGGAACCGGGCGCUGAUGCCGCAGGAGAUGAAUCCAGUAGCGAUGCGAAGACUCCGAGACGUACUGGAAAGCAAUAUGCUUGCACCUACUGCUCGUAUAGCGCUGAUAAGAAAGUCAGUCUUAACAGACAUAUGCGCAUGCAUUCAUCAUCUCCAGUGAGCAGCGGGACCCCUGCCCCGACCCCGACUUCUAACGGUGAAGCUAUCGAAGGCCAACCGUCGCCCGAUCGGUACUGCACUGACUGUGAUAUAAGGUUCAGCUCAAUCCAAACCUAUAGAGCUCAUAAAACACAUUACUGCAGCACGAGACAGGUGGUGAAACCUGCUGCAGCUUCAGCGAGAGGAAGUUCUGUAACCUCAGGGUCUGCGCCUCCAUCCCCUGGAGCCACACCACCCGCUCAGAACCAAUAUGCACUAGCCCUGCCUACUAACCCUAUACUCAUCGUCCCGUACUCACUGCUGCGGGGCGCGAGCACCCUCCCGGGCACAACUCUACCAGAUCCCGACACGCCGUGCUUUUUACUGCCAAACGGCACAUUUCAACCGCUCAGCCGAGCUAUACCAAAUAUGAAUUCAGAUGGAAAAGAAGCCGAAGUUUUAAAGUCAGCCAAUCGGCGUCGGGAGACUUUGAAAGAUGGUGGUACCCCUUUGGAUUUAAGCGUGCGGCGGACUCCUGAAUCAGUAGGUACUGAUGAGCAUGAAAAGGAAAAUAGGCUGCGAUCUGCAACGCCAGAACAGAUUGUCUGCGCGCCCUCGCUCCCAGGGUCUCCAGGCACGCCAUCGCCACAACGUCGAUCCUCAUCUCCUACUGGAGAGAGCUCACCAAAGCGCCGACGACGAGACUCCAGAGGGCCAACGCCAAAGCCCCCGAGCGUCCCCUCCCCGCCAGAGGGCAAAUUCAUCUCUGUACCGCCUGCAAUAUUGCCGCCAGCCCUGGCCAUGCGUCUAGCCUCAGAACUGCCUUUGGCAGCCGCUUCCCCACAAGUUCUAGUCAAGCAAGGCGUGUCUAAAUGCAAAGAGUGCAACAUCGUCUUCUGCAAAUACGAGAAUUAUCGCGUGCAUAAGCAACAUUAUUGUAACUCAGGCGGGGACGAGCGGGUCAGUCCGGCGCCUCCGGAGGCUGGGCCACCGCCUCAGUACCGCCAGCUUUAUUGUUUGGCUUGUGGGAUCCACUUCAGUUCUUUAGACAACUUGGCAACGCAUCAGAGCUACUACUGUACGAAGCGCGAGACGCGUUCACCUCGGUCUGUUCCUGAGGUUCCUAGGCCCGCAUCUGGAUCGGAGGGAGGAUGGAAAUGUCCAUGCUGCGAUGUGGUAUCGCCGACAGCGGCAGCAGCGCAGCGCCAUAUGGAGGCACACGCAGGCGUCAAAGCCUUCCGCUGCACCAUCUGCCGUUAUCGCGGCAACACACUGCGCGGGAUGCGUACUCACAUACGAAUGCAUUUUCCGAAGAAGCCUGCUGAUUUGCAGGAAGAGAGCUACAUAGCCUGCGUGGUCGAAGAAGACAGCCGCGAAACCACUUCCCCCGCCCCCGCCGUAGGGGAGCGCGUGCAUCGCUGCAGCUCGUGCGCCUACACCUCCACCUACCGCGGCAAUGUCGUCCGCCACGCCCGCCUAGUUCACGCUACCGACGAGCCAGAAGCAGAGGAAACCUCUCCCAUCCCCGCCGUGGACAUCAAAAAAGAACCGGUAGAUACAGAAGAAGAAACACCCAACUACUGCAAAUCUUGCGACAUUUCGUUCAAGUAUGUCAACACUUAUAAAGCCCAUAAGCAGUUUUAUUGCACGGCAAAUAACCAGGAUGCCGCGGCAAAUAAUAAUGUGCCGGCAGCACUACCAGCCGCGCGGGUAAACGAAGUGCUUUGAACGUUGCGUUUGAAAUUAGAAACGUUCUGAAUAAGGAUAGAGGUGAUUAUCGUAUGGAUUAGAAUAGACCAGUCAUAGAUAGGUCUUUGAAAAUUAAUGUAGUGUCAUUAUCGAGUAGCGACUCACUCUUGACGCAACUGUAUGUUAAAGGGAUCAUUCAAUUUGUACUUACAUCUUUUUAACUUAUAUUAGCGUCUUUCUCUGCAGAGUUGCAACUCGAUUGCACUUGGUUAUAAAAAUAAGUAAAAUCGUAUCUAAAACUUUUGGAUCUAUUAUAUCAUGUGCAAUAAUUGAAAUAAUCGAUAUAUUAUACUGCAUAUCAACGCCAAAUUUAACGGUUUGAAUUUAAUUUGAUUGGACAUAACGGCUUAUGUAAAUAGCUCUCAAUAUAUAGUUUUUUUGUUAUUGUUAUGUAAAAUUAAAGUUAAUCGUGUAUGUAUUAGUUAACGUUAAAAACUACCAAAUUGUAAAUAUUAAACUAUGUGUAAAGAUAUUAUUACAUCAUAACGAAAUUUUAUUACCAUUUGUUCUAAGCAAUUGUUCUUAAUUUGUUGUUAAUUUUGUUUUAUUAUUAUUAUUAGGAAACCGAGUAUUUAGUCGUACUCAAUACAGGUACAUUACUUACAGUGCUAUAGCUAUCAGUAAACUAAACAGUAUAAUGGUUUCAUCAAAAAUGUGACACGAAUGGCAUGAAUUUCACACAACUAUAUUAUAAGCAAUCUUACAAGAGCAGGAGGCUAUCUUCUAUCGCAAGAAAUUAAAAGAUGCAGGUAUUACUACUUAUCUCACUCUAGCGGAUAGCUGCCUCUCGCUCUAGUAAGUCUGCAAACUGCAAGAAAGACCAUGUAUUUGGUUUUACAAUGCAAUGAACUUACUAAUCAGUUUUUGAAAUCAGCGCCAUCUAUAUUUCUGUGCUGACUACAUAUUGUUUCUGACAUUCGUGAUAUCUAAAAGGGAGCCUCGUUUUUAUGCUACUUUUAUCUUUUAUCCCGAAAUAGGUAUCUAAGUUCAAUCGCUGUUUCAAAUAGGUGAUAAACAUAUUUGUCCUAACACUAAAAAUGCGCUAGAUGAAUUAUUUUAACAUAAAAUUCGUGAAUUACGUCACAUUUUUGCCGAAAUUUCAUACUGUAAUAUGUAAGUAUCUUUUUGUAGAUACAAUCUCAACUGUAUCCUCUUUAGUUAAGGAACGUACACACAAACUUACGUUCCGUUGCACGCAGAAAAAGAUUAAAAAGCAUUUGAUUAAAUAAGGAAUUAAGGUAAAUACCAUGUUUUGUCAUCGCCAAAGCAUCGCUAGCGUAUCGUAUGCAUUUAUAGCUAUCUCACUAAUAUAGUUAUAGAAUAAUAAACACAAGACUUAUCUUUAGAAUUGUAAAUUGUCACUGUGUUGUCUCGAAAUGUGUUUACGUUCUGGUUUUUGAAAAGGUAACAAACUGUAUGAUUACUUUAGCUUUAUAUACACAACAUAGACAAGUUUGUCUAUGCUACAGAAUAACAAACCGACUAUUCGGAAUUUAAAAACUGAAAACUGGCAACAUUGGUGGUUAAUUUCACAAAUAAUAGUGUUGCCAGUUAUACUGUCAAACUUACCGCAUCUAAACCAUAUCUAAACAUUGUGUAGAAAACAAAAAUACUAGUUAUAAGCCUGCAAUGACUUUGAUAGCUGACGCAGUGCGUUUUUUAAAUGUCAAACUUCUAUGAAAUCAUGACGUAUAAAAAUAACACUUGCACUGCGUGUGCUAUCAUAUAAUAUAAUCGUUGCAGACGAAUCUUGGUCGAAUUCUAUACACAAUAAAAAAAUAUUAUGGUAUGUCUGUCGGCCAAAAAUUUAAUACAAAAAGAUAUUUCAGGCUAGUAUCAUACGGUUUGAUUGCUUUUUAUAAUAAUUAUAUAACCGAAUUUAGUCUACUUUGUUGUUAUCGGCCAGGUUAUUUAUAUUGUUAUGUUUAAAUUUAAAAUAACGGUAAUUUCAGUAAGACAAGAUAAAACUGUGUAAACAACACAGUGUUACCGUUUAUCUUUAUUAAUUUAAACAUAGCCGCAUAAAACGGUUGUCAUAAAUCAUAUUCUUCCAUCAAUAUAGUCGGAAUGUCAAUCAUUAAUGACGUUAUAUCGAUAUAAGUACAGUCAGUUUGUAUUGAUUUAUUCUUGCUUGACGUAUAAACAUUUUUAUAUUUUCGGAUUUCAAGUCAUCAGUGUAUUGGACAGAAUAAAAUCCAAACCCGUCUCGGAUCGUAAAAAUCAUGUUACAGUCAACAGCAGAAGUAACUUUGGUUAAAAUGAUCUGCACAUCACGCUUUUGCUCGCUUAAGUGGAGUCCAGACCGAUUUGAUCAGAAAUUAAAUUGGCGUCAAUUUUAUCACCAAUUUUAGAUUUAUGGUGAUAUUUGAGCCCUCUAAAUUAAAAAGAUGCCCCAAAAUGAAAAGACUAGCGUCACAAAUUGGUAUUCUUGCGUCCGCAACUCCAUUUUAUCGGUAAUAUCGGUCAUAAUCGGCGAGCCAAAUUGGCGUUUGCGUCCGCACGGUCUGAUUUUAUAGGACAAUUUAAUCAGAUUGGCGAAAAAUUUUCCUGUCUGGACUGCGUUUUAACAAUAAAGUUGUGCUCAAAUCAUUUUGAACGCCUCACAUGCAUAGCAAAAAGAAAAUUGAGUCAAGUAAGACUAAAUCUACAAAACAGGUACUGUUCAUGUAUUUAUACCAUGUUCUUUGUACAACCUUAUGUACGUUGACAUAGAGUUUACAUUCACGCGUUUCGGUGGUCACAGAGUAACGUAAAAUCAUGACAUUGUUACGAAUUGCAUCUGAUAACGUGCCAUAAUCUGUGUUCUCAGAAAUAGUUGUAAUUUUAGACAUCUCGAAUAACUGAAACCUGGACCUUGUGUUUUUGAAAGAAAACUUAAUUAAAAUCAAUGUAUUGAAUUUAAAUAGGCACAUACAAAUAGUGUAGGUAUAGGUCAAAUAUCCGUAUUACAAAAUGUAAAGUAAGGUCUAGUACAUUGACCCGCCAUUUCCCAUCUCUAUCACACGCGCAUAACUAUUGCUGUCCCACCGAUGAUGCCACUGUGCGAGUGGGACAGCUAUAUAAAUUAUGCACCUGCGAUAUAGUUAGGAAAUUGGGGGUCAAUAUGCAAAAUUCCUCGCGCUUAGCGUCCCUACUUUAGUAAAAUAAUAAUAACUGUUUUUGUUAUGUCAUUUUUUGAGUUUUUAUUCAGACAAAACACAAGGUAGCAGAAAGUAAGCUGUAUUUAAACUAAAACAUCAAUUUAUUUCACAAUUCCACUUGUAAUUAAAAAUCGACUUUGAGGCAUUGCAAUAGGAUAGCUUUUUAAGUGUCAUUGUGAAAUAAGUUCUAUUAGCUAUAGGAUAUUCUUAAGAUGUUGAUUAAGAGUGGUUCUAUAGAGAUUUUAUAUAAAUAUUUACCUUUCACAAACUUAAAAUUUAACUAGGGUUGGUCACUCGCAGACCACGAAGCUUGCUGAGUGGUAAAAUUAGGUAAGUAUAGUUUGAAUCUUCUUAAAUGAUUUUUACGCCAGACCCUAAUCUGUUAAAUAAAAGCCAUUGUUUCUUUUGUGUGAGUGCGUGGCCAUUGUGUCUGAGCGCGGCAUCGUUUGAGAAUAUUCAAACUAUAUCUCAGUAGAUAAAAAGAUAGUACAAAAGACAUCAACGCACUUCUUAUUCAUUAAACGGAAGCGAGUUGAUGCCUUUUGUACUAUCCUUUGGUUUACUCUUGAUCGCGGCCACACGUUGGUCGAAUUCAUAAAGGUCCACCCACACUCACGCGCGAAUCACGGCGCGAAGCCGCAAUUCGCGCACGAGUGUGGAGCGCGCUUAACAGGUGACUAAAGCGUUUCGUUACAAGUCAUUAUAGUUAAGCCGAGACGAGCCCAUAGUGAAAAGUAUGCAAUGACAGUUUGGUAUGCGAAGUCUUAAUUCAACCAUUAAAAUUUAAAAAGUUUGUGGAAGAUAAAUAUUUGUGUAAGAGUGUGUAGAAACACCCUAAAGUGAUAAUACGUGUAAUUAUGAAUCAUUAACUUGAGUAGGCCUACAAUGAUAUUGUAAAAUACGCCAGACAAUAAAUUAUUUAUCACAUAUUAA